GCUAUAAACACCGGCCCCAGGUUAUCCAUUAAUCUGAGUACCAGGGUUUAAAAAAAAAAAGUGUAACCAUUAAAAUCAUCACCGUGACCAGAUUUCCAUAUCGGCCCCACCGACUUCCUCUCAGGGAACAAUACAAUCUAUUCCCUCGACUUGAAGCUGCAACUCAUUAACCGACAGUAAAGACUUAAAGAGACGAAGACGAGCUGGCGUUUCUUUUCCUGCCGGCUUCAGGAUGGGCAAAGCACUGGCCUCCGGGCCGGAGAAGAGACCCCAAUGGGACAACAGGGUCCAGUACCUGCUGACCUGCAUCGGCUUCGCGGUGGGAAUCGGCAACGUCUGGCGUUUCCCUUACCUGUGCCAGAUCUACGGAGGGGGGGCUUUCCUCAUCCCCUACCUGAUAGCGCUGGUGUUCGAGGGCCUCCCGCUGCUCUACCUGGAGCUGGCCAUCGGUCAGCGGUUCCGCAUGGGCAGCAUCGGCGUCUGGAACUCCAUCUCGCCGUUCCUGGUUGGAGUCGGGAUCGCCUCCAUGCUGGUGUCGUUCCUGGUGUGCAUCUUCUACAACACACUUGUCGCCUGGGUGCUCUGGUACCUCUUUCACUCCUUCCAAAGCCCGUUGCCGUGGGGACAGUGUCCCCUCAACGACAACCUGACAGGUUACAACACGGAGUGUGUAAAGAGCACUCCGGCCAACUACUUCUGGUACCGCGAGACCCUGGACAUCACGCCCGACAUCGAGGCCAGCGGCUCUCUGCACUGGUGGCUGGUCAUCUGUACGGCCAGCGCCUGGUGCGUGGUCUACGUCUGCUUAGUCAGAGGCCUCGAGUCCAUGGGGAAGGCCAUGUACGUGACCACCAUCUUCCCCUACCUGGUGCUGACCAUCUUCCUGAUCCGUGCCCUCACUCUGCCCGGCGCCACUGUUGGACUGGUGUACCUCUUCACUCCGGACUGGGAGGUACUGAGGAAACCUCAGGUGUGGCUGGACGCGUUCACGCAGAUCUUCUUCUCGAUCUCCGUGGCCUUUGGAGGCCUCAUAGCGAUCUCCAGCUACAAUGCAGAGAGAAACAACUGUGAGAUGGAUGCGGUUAUCGUGGGAGUGAUAAAUAGCGGCACCUCUCUCUACGGUGCCAUCCCCAUCUUCUCCAUCCUGGGAUUUAAAGCCAACUCCGCCUUCAACUCCUGCAUGAAGGAGAACAUCGUGGCUCUGACCAACCACUUUGAGCUUUCAGACCAGAACGUGACAGUGGACAACUAUGAUCACUGGUUGGAGUAUCUAAAUCGGACGUCUCCAGGUGAGGUGGCCAGUGUGGACCUGAGGCACUGUGACCUGCAAACAUUCCUUGACCAGAGCGCAUCGGGCACCGGCCUGGCGUUCAUCGUGUUCAGCGAGGCGGUGGUGGAGAUGCCGGGCGCGCAGGUAUGGGCCGUGCUGUUCUUCGCCAUGCUCCUCUGCCUGGGCCUCUCCUCCAUGUUCGGCAACGUGGAGGCCAUCCUCACGCCCAUCAAAGACCUCCAACUGCUGCCCAAGUGGAUCCCCGAUGGAGUCGUGACGGCGGGCAUCUGCUCCACAGCCUUCCUCAUGGCUCUCAUCUUCACCUUGGGUUCGGGGAACUACUGGGUGGAGAUCUUUAACGCCAACGUGGGCUCCGUUCCUCUGCUCAUCGUCGCGUUCUUCGAGAUCGUUGCGGUCAUUUACGUCUACGGGAUGAAGAAAUUCAGUGAAGACAUCGUCUUCAUGACUGGGAAGAAGCCCAACAUGUUCUGGAAGGCGUGCUGGAUGGUGAUCAGUCCUCUCAUGCUCCUGGUGGUGUUGAUCGCCUACAUCGUCGUCCAGACACAACAACGCCCAACGUAUCCCACGUGGAACCCAGCCUAUGAGCAAUUCCCCAAAAUGGAGGUGAAGUCCUAUCCAGACUGGGUGUUUACCAUCAUCGUCCUGCUGUCCGUGGUGCCUGUGAUUCCCAUCCCGAUGGUGGCGCUCUACAGACUGGUCUGCUGUGGCAUCAGGAGGACCAAUCACUGAACAAAUUUU